AGGAGAAGAUCAGUUAUGGCCUGCCGGACUGUCUUCAGCUCCGUUUUGUUAACGGAGCCGUGUCGCCCUUUACAUCCGAACUCCAACUCAGCUGCUGCUUGUUCUUCUUCUUCUUCAUCGUGUAAGCUUGCUUGUGCACCUUUAAGGCUGAGUUUACGUUGCGGAGUUAGGUUAUCUGCGGUCCGAGGUUUUCAUAAAGGACGAGGAGUGCAUCUGAAUUGCUCUUAUGGCAAAACCCCUUCGUCAUCUUCUUGGCAAGACGAUCAAGGUCCCCCACAGGAAGCUGUGCUCAAAGCCAUUUCAGAAGUUUCAAAGACAGAAGGAAGGGUGGGACAAACCACAAAUGUUGUAAUUGGAGGUACAGUGACAGACGAUUCUACAAAUGAAUGGGUUUCUCUGGAUCAGAAGGUAAACUCAUACCCUACAGUUAGAGGGUUUACUGCUAUUGGAACUGGAGGUGAUGAUUUUGUGCAAGCUAUGGUCAUUGCUGUUGAAUCAGUACUUCAUCAACCAAUUCCUGAGGGCCGUGUAAGGCAGAAAUUAUCUUCAAGGGGCAAAUAUGUUUCUGUAAACAUUGGACCUGUUAAAGUUGUCUCGAGCGAGCAGGUCCAAGCUGUAUACAAUGCCAUGAGGAGAGAUGACCGGAUGAAAUAUUUUUUGUAGGCUGUAUAUGUUCUUAUAUUAUUUUUGUAGCAAGAAAAUGAACGAGGGUGAUA